AUGGCCUCAGGUCACGUACACAAAGCACCAUUAUGCACCUUUUUUGUUGCCCAGCUCCGCUACAACAUUUGUCAGGGGGGCCGAUCCAAAGCUCACGCUUGCUGGGUGCCAAGGUUUGGUGUCGACCGACCAGGUCAGCUGGCCCGAAUUACCGAGACUUUGUCACGCUUUGGGGUCAGCGUGUCCAACCUGCGUGUGCAGAGCGGCAGUGCUGACAGCACAAAGGGCGACUUUGUGCCUUGUCCCAGUGGCGGCCCUUUGGCAGAGAACCGCAUUCGCAUUCGCUUUGACAACUCCGUUGACGCUGCAGAUAGGCUUCGGAAGGAAAUCCAACUCGUGGGCGAGGAAAUGGGCUACGCAGUGACCUGCCUGACCUUGGAUUCUCACGCGCAGUUUCGCGCCUUCAUGCCGAGCUAUUUGCUCCGGCGGCGGGCAUUUGUGGUCACGUACCUCAUGGAGCUGAAGUUGCGCGUGCGCAGCCUCAGAGUCAUGUCGCUUCGACUUAGCCCUUGCCGAGUUACUUCCGCAGGCUCGCUCAUUUGA